GCUGAGCCGAGGUUUCCUGUUGCUUGGGGGCCGCAGGCAUAUAUAAAGAGGUACUUUUAAUGUGCUGGGCCAGUGUUUGCGAACUGCUAAGAGAGUGGAGAGCUGCCUGGACUGGCUGCCCAGAUCCCUGAGGGUUUUAAAGCGACCACAAUGAACAAGUUCCUGUGCUGCACGCUUGUGUUGCUCGACAUGUCUGUGAAGUGGACCGUCCAGGCAGUUAUUGUGCCAAAGUACCUUCAUUAUGACCCAGUCGUCUCCCGCCAGCUGCUGUGCGACCAGUGCCCUCCUGGAACCUACGUCAAGCAGCACUGCACAGCUUCCUCAAAGACCGUGUGUGCUCCCUGCCCGGAGCAAUACUAUGCAGAUGACUGGAACAGUCAGGAUGAGUGCCAGUAUUGCAAUGCAGUGUGCCAUGAGCUGCAGUAUGAGAAAGUCGGAUGCAGCCGCACCAGGAACCGUGUCUGUGAGUGCACUGAGGGACGGUACCUGGAACUAGAAUUCUGCUUGAAGCACACAGCUUGCCCGCUUGGCUUUGGUGUGGUUCGGCCAGGUACCCCUGAAAGUGACACAGUUUGUGAGAGUUGCCCAGAAGGCUAUUUCUCCAAUGAAACGUCACCCAAAGCAGUCUGCCAAAAACACACCAACUGCAGUGUGCUAGGUCUCAAAAUGGUGCGGAAGGGAGACGCCAGGCGGGACAACGUGUGCCAGGAGGAAAGAAGCGGCAAGUUGGAUCAGCGGUGUGAAAUUGAUGUAACCUUGUGUGAGGAAGCAUUCUUCAGAUUCGGUGUACCUACAAAGCUCUCACCCAAUUGGCUGGAGACACUAAAGGACAGUCUACCCGGUGUAAAGGUUGAUAUGGAAACCACAGAAAGCAUUAAGCGAAGGCACAGUCCCCAGGAACAGAUAUUUCAGCUACUGAAAUUAUGGAAGCAGCAGAACAAGGACCACAAGAUGGUCAAGAACAUUAUGCAAGGUAUUGAACAUUGUGAAAACAGUGUCUUAAAACAUGUUGGCCUUCUCAAUAUCACCUUUGCACAGCUCAAUGUCUUGAUGGAAAAUUUACCAGGAAAGAAAGUUGGGAAAGAAGAAGUAGAACGUAUUCUGAGGAUCUGCAAAUCCACAGAACAGAUUUUUAAGGUCCUCAACUUGUGGAGAAUAAAAAACGCAGACCAAGACACCAUCAGGGGCCUGAUGUAUGGGCUGAAGCAUUUGAAAACAUACCAUUUCCCCAAGAUGACAAUCCAAGGCCUCCGAAAAGUAGUCAGAUUCCUCCACAGCCUAACAAUGCAAAAAAUAUACCAGAAGCUUUUCUUAGAAAUGCUAGGAAACCAGAUCCAUUUGGUAAAAGUGAGACGUGGGUAGUUUUCAGCUAUCUGAUCUUUCAUUUGCCACUUGCUGCUAGCAAUAAUGAUUUGAUCUGGGGAGGAAAAUGUUUUCCUGGAUUAUACUUAUUUAUAUUUAUGUGUCUGACUGGGGUGGCGCAAAGCUAUCUUAGACCUUUUUUUUAUUGUUGUUAUAACACUAAGAUCCUAAUUUGGAAUCUUCAUACCCCCAAUCUAUCCAUGUGGAUAUGCAGAGAAAUAACAGCCCAGGCUUGCUAUUUAUGUUCACUGAGCUCUAGAAUGUUGUAUAUAUUUAUUAACUUAAAUGGCAGCAGUUUGAGAUUCAGGGUGGAAACUGAUGACAAGUGUCCACUGGUAAAACCAUCCCAUAUGUGGAACCUGCGACAGAAGCUCCAGGGUAUCGUUUUAUAGAGAAGACAAGGUCCAGUUGCUCUUUGACCCAUUCCCCCAUCUUGGUUCAAAUUAUUCCUCAGGGCCAUCUGCAUCUCUAGUUAUUACUUAUGAGACACAGGCCAGGAUCCAGAUCAGUGUUGGAGGCUGCUCAAUUCACGCACAAGAGUUUUAAGCACUCCCUUCAGACAGCAGCCCUUCAUGCAUCCCUGUCCAAAAACUCCUUCCUGGGCACAGAAGACAAUCCCCAUAAGUAAUGAAAGAGUCCUACUGGAUAACUAGACCAGUAAUUCACAAGCAAGCCAUGGAAUCCAUAGCCCCUUUUAUUCCAGUUCCAUCCUGCAUCUCCUGCCAAUCUGUUUGUUCAGUGAGAGAGGAAGAAAAAUAUCCAAUAACAUUCAUGUUAUCAACCACAAGUAACAUCUUAUAAAUGUCUACCAUGGUUCCCUCAUGGAAAUAUCAUGAAGGUCAGGGAAGGGGAGAGCCCAUGACAGAACUGCCAGAGUCUAAGCCCUGCUAGACUUGAACUGGGUUUUUCUUGACUUUCUUUAAUCCCGUCACAUGGUUGGUAAAAUAACCAAACCAACUCCAGGGAGGGUAUAGCUCCAUCCUUCUUCUGGGACCAUGUCCACAAGUCCGAAAGCCUCCCUGAUCGACCCAAAGACACACCUGAAAGUAGCCUCGUUUUGGCCUUUAUCACCCAUGGAGCACCAUCAGCAGGACAGUCAUGGUGGUAAAGUUGCAUCCACUAGCCAAGUGAGCACCUCUGCAGUGGACCAGGCCCCCCGCCCAGGGAGGCAGAGGUUUGCCACAUGCAAUGGCUGAUGGACAUCCUCCUGGAGACCAAACAGUGGCAUGCUAUGUCACCCCUUUCUAGCAUUAAGAGUCUUCAAGAUAUGAAGAACUGGCAAAAAUGUCAAAGAAAAUUUUUGUCCCACCUCCAUGCAGUAGUGGAAUUGCUUUGUGCUCAGCCAUGGCAGGCUUAAACCUCAAUCCUCCAAAGAAAUUGCAACCCAUGCUCUUGAAAAAUGCAUAUAUUUAUAUUUGUUGCUUUGUUUUGCAAAGUGAGUUUGAAGGUCUUCAAGAGUUGGUCUUCAAAUCAUGCUGUGAAAUUUCACCCUUUCGCCAUUUAUUGACAGCUUGCCCCUCUCUAGUGAAAUCUCAAAUGGGUGCUGGAUAUAACUAUGAUGAGCUCAGUUCAGCAGCUGGGAGAAUGUAACGCUUAAUUUUUUGCAUGAACUUUUGGCUGACUUUUGAUGUUGAUAGAACAAGCAUGUGGGAAGCUUUUGUCGGUUUCCACCCUCAUCUUGAAAGGAAAAGAAUGUACACUGUUUAUUUUCAAGCUAAAAAGGAUGAGGAGAUGUAUUAUAAGCCUCACAUAUGUGACAUUUCAUAAUAGAUCCUUCCUUCAUUCUUCUGUGGAAUUUUCAAGAUUGUUUCUUUGAAUUGUCUGUAUAGUUUGUGUUAACUGCUGGAUGCAAUUUCCUGACUUAGCCAUUUUUUAAAUUAAAAAGUUACAUGGUGGGAGUAUUUCAUUAACAAGCUGUAGAUGAAAUAUUGUUUUAGAACAUGAAUGUACCGUAUUUAAACAAUGGGUUUUCAAGUUGGAUUUUGAUUAUGUUUUAUAAAGCUAUUACAUUUUUUCA